AUGGAGAGUGAAAACCGGACAGACGUGUACCACUUCAUCAUAGUGGGAUUUCCAUACCCGCUUGAGCUAGGAGCCCCCUUGUUCUUCUUCUUUCUGCUCAUCUAUUUGAUGACAGUCUUCGGAAACCUCCUCAUCCUGUUGGCUGUGGGAUCGGAACCCCAGCUGCACAGGCCCAUGUACUGGUUCCUUUGCCAUCUGUCCUUCUUGGACAUGACUGUCUCUUCUGUGAUAGUACCCAAGGUGAUUGCUGGGUUUAUAAAAGGCGGCGGGGUCAUCUCCUUUGGUGGCUGCGUCACCCAGCUGUUCUUCUUCCACUUCCUGGGCUGCACAGAAUGCUUCCUGUACACCGUGAUGGCCUAUGACCGCUUCCUGGCCAUCUGCAAGCCCCUCCGUUACGGCACCCUCAUGAACCGGAAAGCCUGCCUGUACCUCGCCUUUGGAACGUGGUUCGGUGGCUCGUUGCACUCCAUGAUACAAACCAGCCUGACAUUUCAGUUGCCCUACGGCUGUGGGACCCAAGUGGGUUAUAUUUUCUGUGACAUCCCAGCGGUGUUGAAAUUGGCUUGUGCUGACACAUCGCUCAAUGAGAUGGUGACCUUUGUAGACAUCGGCUUCUUGGCCAUGACCUGCUUCUUCCUCAUCCUCACUUCCUACAUGUACAUCAUCUCUGCCAUCCUGAGGAUCCGGAGUGCUGAAGGACGACGCCGGGCCUUCUCCACUUGCGCUGCCCACAUCACUGUGGUGGUGAUGUACUACGUCCCCUUGGUGUUCAUCUAUCUAAGGCCAGCUUCUCAGGACCCCCUGGAUGGCGUGGUGGCUGUCUUCUACACCACUGUGACUCCACUCUUAAAUCCAAUCAUAUAUACACUGAGAAACAAAGAGAUGAAACAUGCUUUGAAGAAGCUGUGGGUGAGGAAGACAUCUGUACCGAUAGAAUAA